GCUUUCUUGUGUCAAGAACAAGGGUGGGUGUCAGUGUUGCAGUCAAACUGACAGACUUUUUGUAUAAGACAUCAAAUGCCUCUUGGCCAUUGAUUGAUUUCAGGGUCUUGGGACAUGGCCUGCAAUGAGAUCAAUGCUGCCUGACUUUUGACACUCGUCAGUCUCUCUACAAAGGUGACAUGAAAACCAGUCUGUCUGUGCCAGGCUGCCCAUGCAAAGAAUAAUAUGUCGACCGUCCAAGAAACAGCGCUUCAGGAGCUCGUAGUUCAAGCCCUGCUGGGGAACUAAAGGCUUCCAUGGACAGAACGACAUAGAAAUGACUACAACCAGACAGCCGACCAUAGCAUAUAGGAAAUGAACAACGUUUAAUUCAUAGCAGCCUGCAUGAAUAUAGUGUAGGUGGAACAAAAUGAACUCAAGCUGCUCAAGCUGCUUGCAAAGAAAAGUCUAAAUAAAUCCAGUCCAGUCAUCAAUUCUCUUUUUCGGGAUUUGACUUUUGUCAGGUAGUCAUUAACUUUGUUUAUGUUCUGACAAUGGAUGUGUUCUUGCUGCAUGCUCCAGUGACUGAGUAUACCAAUCAGAGGUCUUUGGCAUGCUUAACUGUCAGAUCGGCCAACUCGCUCUCUGGCAGCCUCCCUCGCAGGCCAGGUGUUAGGAAGGACCGAGCUUCAUCCGCAGCGGUGGUGUCCAGAGAUGUGGAAGUUAAAGAACGAGAGACAAAAACUGGAUUCAAUUGUUCAAGCAAGCGGGCCAGAUCAAUCGAUGGUCAAGAUUUCAGGGCAAGAGCCAUGUCAGGCUAUCAAGCAUGGACAGUGAGUUGCAAAGGUUGGAAUGAAAACAAGGUCUUAUCGGGUAGCACAAUCUCUUCCAAUCGGACUCAAAAUGAGAAAAUAGACAAGAAACCCACAGACUUUGGCAUCAACAGAGGUCGAAACCCUAACCCUGCAUUUGAGAAUCGGAAUGGGACUGGAGGAGAAUGGAGGCAGAAUUUGCCAAGUAGAAGUAGGAGUGUCGACUGGAAGUCAGGGGCAAGCAGCCCUGAUCGAGAAACACGGCGAUCCAACAUAGCUGCAUUGCUUUGUGACGAAAACAAAGAGAGUGGGAGGGAUACUGAAGGCCUGAGAGCCAGCUCCACGUCUUCGUUUCAGACGUACAACUCUGCGGGUGUUUCUUCAACUAGUCAGAACAAUCCAAAGACUUCAAGACUAAAGUCGGCCCCGGAAGUCAUCAGUGACACCAUAGAGACUGGUUCUUUUGGGACUAAAAGAGGCCAGAGUAUAUUGGAGCGUAUCGAGAAGCUUUUUGGCCCAUCUAGAACUGAGGACUUCAGCAAAGUUAGGGAUUUCUCUUCCCUAGAAAGAAACUGGAGUUAUGGAAGGGGUGGAGCUAAAGUGCGCCAUCGCUCAGUCAUCAGCAGUUUGCCAAGCUCAUGUGACGGAGAGACAGGAGAUUUCACCAGUACACUUCUCGACACCAAGACUGGGGGCUCCGUUACUUCACCAUGUCCGAGGACCAGGGCAAGAUUACCAGAGGGACAAUGGGAAGAACGGAUCUAUGGGAGGUAUUCUGACCAUGGUGGAGUUAGCGCAGUUAUCGGGUCUAUUGAGACAAUGUCUCUGGACCGAGCAAGGAGCAGGAACACCAGAGCUCGUCAGAUUAGAUCGGACAGGGCUGCCGGCUCAAAGGCUUUAUCACAGAAGACAUCUUUUUCGGGACUGUCUGAGACUAACCGGAUAAUUGGGACGCAGUGGGAAAAAUAUAUGCUGGAUAAGGGAAAGACCGCAGCAGAGCUUGAAUUAAAGGUUUAUGAAGAUGUGUUUGAGCCCAAUCUGAACAUCAACGGGGUAGGGUGGAGGGUUCACCCUAAUACGUAUUCCCCCUCGGUCAGUGUCAGAAACAAGAUCAAUCAGUUUGAGGCUCUGACACAGAAAACCCAAGCUUUUGCAAAGGGCCAGAACAUGAUGGCCCGAAGGGCUUUUUCUGUGCCCACAAGACUCAACACUGCCCAUGAUGGCUUGAAGAGUGAGUCAGAGAAAACAAGCGGUAUUCUAGGUGACAAGUCUAUGGGCCUGAGAGGGUUGGGGGAGACGGAUAGACAAGCUGAGGCGAAAGUAGGUCAACUGAAAAGUCAGCCACAAAGGUCUUUGUCUGUGGACGAGAUCGGACAAAGGUCCGCGGGUGAUUUGACAAAGAUGGAAGGGGCAAAUAUGGAUCGUGUUUACAAAUACACAGAUGUCGGUAACUAUUCUAGGUUCAAGCAUACAGUAGGAUCACCCCUCAAAGAAGUUCGUCACUUGUACAUAGACGAACCAGACUCUUGUAUAGUCUCAAGGGAUAAGGACCGGAGAACUAACAAUACCGAGUCAUCCAUAUUGCUGAGCUCAAGUGACCCUGAGCCACGCCCGUAUGCCGAGCUGUCUGGGAUUAAGAAAGCAAAAUCUCCCGUGAUCAUUUUAGCAGUUACUGAUGAUGACAAGACUCCAACUAACUCUCCGAACCACUCACCCUCAACCUCUCCUAUCCCACCGCCAAACAAUGGCCCUCAGCUUCCAAUGACUGAAAACACAAAAGCAACCAAAAACCCCGAACGAGAACUUCCAACCCCCGUGCAACCCCUUUGCGCCUCUUCCCACAGCAAGUUCUUUCCCGAUAUCACUGACAGUGAUUCGAAAGGGAAGAAAAACGUGUUGGACUUGGAUUCUUGGGUUGCUGGCUUUAAGGCCUGGAAGCAGGAUGAAGCUUUCGACAAAGAUGAUGACGACGACGACGACACAGAGAAGGAUGACGAUUCUUACUCUGAUUCAGACUCUGGGGAGUCCUCAGUUACCAUCACCAGCAACAUGAGCCUGUCAGAUCGCAGGAGCUUCUCUCUCAGCCUGGCGGAAUUGUGUCACUUCACUGGAGCUGACUCAGAGUCAGAAAACGACAUCGACGAGAUCCCGGCGAUGGGCAGGAGGUCGGCUUCACUGAGCUCCGAAGUGUCUGCGCUGUCAUAUGUGUCUGUGCUGCCCAGCGAGGAGCUUGACAAGCUGCUGGAGGAUGUCAGGAGUCUGGGCGACAGCAAUCUGCAGGAUGAUGUGCAUGUGGUUGUCCUCCACAAAGAGGUGGCGGUCGGCCUGGGCUUCAGUAUCGCAGGAGGCGUUGACCAGAACAAACCAGUCAGUGUCCACAAGGUGUUUCCCACCGGUGUGGCAGCACAAGAAGGCUCCAUCAGAGAAGGCGACCAGGUCUUAUCCAUCAACGGCACUGCCCUGGGGAGCCACACUCACUGGGAAGCUCUGAGGGUCUUGAGACGUGCCAAGACUCGAGAGAUGGGAGUGGUGGUACUGAGAAGGGGCGACGUUAGGAGCAUCUCGAAAGGGGACGAGGGUCAGACUGAGGAACCAAUGCCGACUCAGACUUCAGAGACUGGUCAGUGUAUACGUGUGCAUCUGGAGAAGAAAAGUAGAGAUCUGGGAUUCAGUCUGGAGGGAGGCUUCGGUCUCGGGGACAAACCACUCACCAUAAAGAAGAUCUUCCAAGGUGGCCCAGUGGACAAGAUUAGUCCCGGUGACGAGGUGAUGGAGAUCGAAGGCGUGAGCAUGGUGGGGAUGAGGCGUCUGGAAGCCUGGGCUUUGAUCCGAGGACUUCCCUCCGGACCCGUGGAUGUGGUAAUACAUCGGCCCCAUAAAACCUCCGAGCCAAAGGGAUUACAAAAGCAAAUCUAAUAUGGACUACUUGAUGAACUGUUCUGGGACAAUGCCAUUUGUAACCCAAUUUCCACCACAAUAAUCCUGACAUUUCUCAAAGCCUGAACAAAAGAGGCACACCUGUUUAUGAAGGUGCGAAAUUUACUUCCAUUUUUGAAGGUGUUUAACAUGCAUCUACCUCAAGGCCACAUGGCACGUGUAUGUGAAGGAUUGUAGGAUAAACUGUGAACCGAUGCUAACAGCAUUUAUAGUUUUUAUUGUUUUUUUUUUUUAAUAAAGCUUCACUCAAAUGGA